AUGAACUCAUCACUUCUUUAUAUAGCGACAUCGCUGUCAUCUUUUCUUCCGACAUCUUUCCCUGCCACAUCAACAAAAUCUUUGUCGUUGUCAUCGUCACUUAUUCAGUUUAAGGACCCCCUGACAUCUUACCACGAUGAGAACCUGACUACAAAUCAUGACGAUCCGAAUCGUUUCCACGUGUUCACUCACUCUCUUAUCAGUUUAUCAAAAAUGUUAUCCUUUCUCAGAGGAAACAGCGAGAAGGCUUACCUCUACGGAGUAAUAGGAUUAUUGGUUGGCUUGAUCAGCUUGAUGUUUGUAGUUAUUUUCCUUCUCAGAACAAAAUUAAAACACGCUAAAUCGACCUCUGGAAACAACAUCCGCCCAACUGGAUUGUCCUCCUCAAACGUCGACAGCAACAAUAACAACAACGACGAUCCGUCCAAAUCACUUGGUAGGAAGAAAAAGAUGGAAGGGACAUCAACUCACAAGAAACAAAAACAAACAGCCAACAAAAACAUCCAGGACAACAGAGGAGGCAGAACUCAUCCAGAUGCAACGAACUCUGACAUUGGAGGUAGAGGUUUGCAGAGAGCACCAUCUGGUGGUUGGACCUUUCACGAAGGUUGUCCUCCUCAGAAAUCAUCUUCACCUCAGUCCAUAACAUCGAGCCCCAUGUUUCCUGGAUGGGGUACGAACGUGUUUGUUCACGUUGAGUCACCAAACGAGAGUCCAGUCUUGGGCAGCAUACCUAAACAUUCAUCAAUACCUGAACAGCAACAACUGCAGCAGCAACAACAACAACAACAACAACUGCAGCAUCCACAGCAAUUAAUACUUCAACACGAAUUGCGUCAUCAUCAAGUUGUUGAACAUUCACAAAACGAUAUCCAACGUUAUACUAUAAAGCAGCAGCAACAGCGGAUCAUAAUGCAACAUACUUCCAUGCACCGAUUCCACACACCUCAUCAUCUCCAACAAAUGCCAAAUUCAAAUUACUCAAUUGAACAACAAAGAGAUGCAAUUAGUCAAUAUAAAAGUUCAACCAAGGAAGCUCAUUUGAAAUUACUAAUACCAAGUGCCACUGUACAUCUACAUUCUCAAGGUUCAAAUGAUUUUCUGUCUCUACAGCAAGAUUCACAUCCGAUUUGUGCUGAGUCUAAAAUUAAUCUACCAGAUCAACAAAUGGUAAGGUUACAAAAAAAUCAGCACUAUCAUACAUUUUCCAAAAAUAUUGAUUCUAAUAAUUCAAAACAUGCUCCAAACGGAAACCAGUCACAAAAACAAAAUUACUUAAUACCAAACCGCCAAAAUAAGGAAGAAGUACUUUGCCAAGAACACCAUAAACAACGUCAAAACCCUCCUGAACAGCACUUUCAUUGGCAGAAUUCCCCACAACAUCAACAGCUUCAACAGCUUCAACAACUACAACAACAACACUCUCCAACAAUGAUCCUACAAAACGUUCCUCAGUAUUAUAAUCAACCAGUGCCUCCAGCUCGUACCACAGCUGAAAAUAUCAGGUACGAUGAUUACUACAACAUGUGUGACAACAACAUUGUGGACAACAAUAACAAUGAUUAUUUAAACAAUAACAACAACGUUGACGAACACAACACAAACAACAACAACAACUGUGACUCGGAGAGUAUAGUGUGGGUACGUAGGAGCAGUAUCAAACUCACAACUGAUCCAGAACGACAGGAUUUGUUAGUUCGAACCACGUCAUUCUCACCUCCACCAAUAACAUUGCCAUUGAGAAACCUUUCAAGCAGAAAUUCACCAAUGUCAAAAUUUUCUAGUCCAGUCAAUACACCAACAGGCAGUUCUAACACGCCGCCAAAUGUGGCUCAACAAAAUAUCGGCAAAUGUUCUGAUAAUGUGUCCGUCACUUUGAAAAACAACUUCCAUAACGUUCGACGCAAUUUGUCCUCGACUGGAAAUUAUUUGAAAUCUGCCACCAUUUCUGAAAAAAACAAAAACGUUUUAUUGAAAUCUGUCAACCAAUGUCAACCGAAUUCUAGUUCACCGGUCCAAUAUCGAUUAUUGUCGCAUUAUCCCACUCGUUCACCUAAGAAAAAUCAUAUACUGCCUUCAAAUAAUCAAGGCCAGAAUGAAAGUGAUUGUUACCAAAGCGGGAUAGAUGAUAGUUGUGAUGAUAGGGAUGUUGAUAAAAAGGAUGAAGUAUGCUGA